AUGUCAAAUCCGUCUGAAUGGGGUGGUCUUAUUGAAAUAUCUGCAAUGAGCCACCUGUAUAGACGUGAUUUUGUUAUUUUUGAAGCCAACAAAGGCCCUCAAACAAAAAUUUGCAAUGGUUACGGCAAUACUAUUUAUUUAUUUUAUUCCCCCGAUACAAAGCAUUUUGAUGCUGUGUAUACGAAAGAAUUCAUUAACACAUCAUCAUUUUGUCAAUCACUGGUUUAUGAGAUUCUUUAUGAUGGUGUUUACAAAAUUAAAGACCUCCCUUAUGCUGUUGACAAAAUGCUUCAUGACAAAAUUCCAUCAAAUCAUAUUGAGUACUUUAUGUCUGAAAAUGUAGAACGUAGAAAGAAACAAAAGGAUAGAGCUAAAAUUUUCAUAGAGACUAUUAGCGAUGAUGAUAAAGACAAAAAUAAUAAUGCGGUUGCAUUGAAAUGCAAGCAUCAUACUGAAGAUAUUGAAAGAGGCAGCCUUUUGAAAGAAUCGCUGAGUAUUUUUGUGUUCAACCGUAGUCUUAUUCAGCUUGAAAAUGUUUGUAUAAAUUGUUUGAAUGUGAACAGUGCUAAAGACUUGCUCGAUAAUGGGAUCACACCAUUCCCGUAUAAAGUAGCAAAAGCUUUAGAUCCUGAUAUUUAUCGUAAUAUUGAAUUUGAUGUCUGGAGUGAACUAAGAAGAGAGUUUCGUUAUGGAGCUAGAUAUUCUGAUGGUACCACAUUACAAGUAGGUGUAAAAUGUCUUUGCAAGCUGCAAACAGAUCAGUCAGUUCCGUACCACUGUCAUAUACAAGAGAUGAGCCCUGAUGGUGGGCCGUGUCUUGUAUUCAUUGAAGAGUUGGGGGAGAAACGUGUAGUGAGCUAUGAUCAGUUGGAACCCUUACCUAUCGAGGAGAUACGUCCUUGGGCACCACCUUACCGUUUCUCACGUACCAGCUCACAGUUCUUGUCUCUCAGCCAAAUGUUACAACAAAUAGGUAAUAUAACUAGAAAACAAGGGAUUAAAGGACGGAAUAAGAAAGGAGAUGAUAUGAAGAGUACGGAGAAAAAUCCAAUGAAGAAUAACGAAAAGAUUGAACCUCAACCUCCGUAUAUUAACCAAACCGUUGAUUAUUCAGCCUAUCACCACAUGGAUUUCUUUAAUUUCGAACCUAUGCCUGUUGAAGUAGAAGCACUGCCCCUAAUGGUGGACUGUCGGCCGGCAGCGGGCGCUCCGCCCCACGAGAUGCACGCCGCGCAACCUCACAACGGAGCCCCACAUGAUAAUCAUCAAGGUGCAAGCAGCGGUGCAGGAGACAUGGCAGGUCCGGCUGGAGCCUCGCCUGCAGCGCGCGCCUCCACACCCGCGCCUGCGCCUGCGCAGCCCGCACACAGCGCACUGCCUGCCUACACCGGUGGUAUGAACCAGUGCGGGUCUGUACCAUGUCCAAUGGGUGGACCUCCGCUGCCACCGAUGCCGGGUAUGCCAUUCGUGUCUGGUGUGCCAGGUGUUGGUGGUUACUGUCCGCCGUACUGCAAGCAGCUGAUGUGGUACACGCCCCAGGGACAUGUGCCACCUCCACCUCCUCCCGGUGUCAACCUUAACGCCGGUCGCAGCAUCCAACCCAACGGAUCUGAUCUGCCAAUGAACGGUACCGAAUAUGAUAUGGUGACGCUGCGUUACUAUUUUAACUUGGGUGUUGAGUGUAUGUGGGCAGCGUAUGGUUGUCCACCUCAGCUUCCUCAUCAUCCAAGACAAUACUCCGCUCGAGAUCUAGCACAAGAUAUGCAGCAAGUGUCUAUACACGAUCGUCAGGUUAUGAACCAAUCUGGUGAAGGUAACCACAAGUACAAGAGUCCACCCAACGAUAAAGCCCAACUCAACAACCAGGGGAAAGGUAACGGACAGCGACCACUCCUCGGACCCAGGUUCAAACGCGGUGGUAAUCACCAGGACGGUGGUAACCAGAAUAACAAUCAUAACCAGAACAAGGGUCACAAUAACAUGCCCAAUAAAGGAUCCAAUAAUCGACGUAACUCUCACAAUGAGCGGGGCGGAGCACCUCAGGUGUACGGUGUAGUGGGUGCUGGGGGGGCGGAGGGCGAGUGUGUGCUGGAGCAGCCGCUGCUGAGUGUGCCAUACUGCCAAUACCCGCCGCCACUGUAUCCACUACCCUACUACCCCAUGGAGGACCCAGCGAUGAUGGGCAUGAUGGGUGGCAUGGGGUACGUGGGAUACGACGAGGGUCUGGAGUACGGACCCCCCGUGCAGCAUUACUACGCCGCGCCGCACUACCCGCCCCCCGCCGCGCUGCCCCCCGCUGCGGCCGCGCCCCCCGCCCCCCUGCCGCACCACCUCGCGCAGCAUGCACCCCACGCUCACCCCCCGCACCCCCCACCGCCUCACCACCAGCAUCACGCUGAACACAAGUAG